AGACAUAGUGUAUCUAUCGAUAGAACUUUUACAGAAACUGAUUUCAGUUUGUUUGGCUAAGUUUAGUUACUAAUACACCGCUCAAGUGAAUAGUUUAUUUUUUAGUGGAAAUUAAAAAUGGCAACUUAUGAGGAAGUUAAAGACAUUCCAAAUCAUCCAGAGAAAUAUUUAAUUGAUGUACGAAACAGAGAUGAGAUUGCGAAUACCGGUUCUAUUCCAGGAAGCAUUAACAUACCAUUGCCUGAAUUACAGGAAGCUUUAACUGGAGGUGAUGCCAGUUUUUUGGAAACUUAUGGACGAGAAAAACCAGCAAUGGACGCUGUAAUUAUAUUCACAUGUCAGUCUGGUCGACGUGCAGCGAAUGCUACUGCUAUUGCUACAGAUCUCGGUUAUAUUAACUCUAAAAGCUAUCCUGGAUCAUGGUUGGAAUGGUCUCAAAGAGAAGGACUUUAAAAAUUAAUUAAAACAACAAAAUUGAAUAGAAAUGAACUAAAAUAAAUUUCUAAAUAUUAAAUUGUU